UCCGCUGAUCAGUCAACAUGUCUUUACAGACGAGCCAGAAAACCACGACUUCGACCUAUCGGACCGUGAACGUGUCCUCUCCGGAGCCAGUGAGCAGCACGAUGGUCUCGGCCGGGUCGGUGUCCCAGAUGCCGUACGCAGUGAACGGCUACGAGUCGGUGCGGUACCUGGUUCCGGUGCAGCAGCAGCAGUCCUACGUGCUGAUGCCGCAGCCUAUGAUGCAACAGGUAGUGUCACCGAUGUACGUGAGCAUGCCGCGCUUCAGCGUGAGCAGCCAGGAGUCCGACCUCAUGUUGCAGCGGCAGAGCACGAUGGAGAGCAUCAGCGGGAAGUCUUCGGUGUUCAGCCACUCGUCCAGUCAUGAGGAGGAGGAAGAAGAGGAAGAGGAAGAGGAGGAGACAGUGGAGGUGGAAGAAGUGGAGAUUGUUAAUGUCGUACAGCAGAAACCACCUCCAAAGACAUCCAGGACGGAGUGCAGGACCGAGCUGACAGAGGUGCCUCAGCCCACGAAACUGGACACGCGCUACUUCGGCGAGCUGCUGGCUGACGUUUACAGGAAGAACCGCGACAUCCACUCCUGCAUCUCUGAACAUGUGUCCAAGAUCCGUGGACAGAAACACCAGCUGGAUCCCAGCAAUGACUAUAAGGUGGAGAGAGAGGAAGUCGAGGCUUUGAUUCCCAAAGGAGCCACUGAACUGACCAAACAACAAAUCCGCUACCUGCUGGAGACUCGUCUCACUGCAGACAAGAGCAUGCGCCUGCUGCUCUCCACCUUCAGCAGUCUGAGAGAGGAGCUUCUGCACAUGACUGAGGACCUACGGCGCCUGGAGAGUGACAAGGAGGCUUUGGAGAGAGAUCUGAGUUUCAAAGCGGACCAAGCUCGGCAGUAUGACUGCCUCCUGGAGGCCGUUCGAGAAAACAACAGACAGCUCCAGCUGUCUCUGAAGGAAGCCAACACAGCCCAACGUUCCCUGGAGGGCCAGCUGAUGUCGGCCCAAAACGCCGACUCGAGCCGCGGGUUUAAGGUCAAAGAGCUGGAGGGAAGGAUUAGAGCACUGGAGAAGGAGAACGAGAUGCUUCGACAGAAGAUGACAGGCCAAGGCAGCUCCACCCUGCAUAUCAAGACAGAGGAGUUGUCACGUCAGUACAACGAGCAGCUUGGUGCCAUGAGACAAGAGAAAGACCUGGAGAUAGAGAGGCUGAGGGCCCAGAUAACACGAAUGCAGACAGAGGUCCGCACUAACAGCUCAUCCUCAGACAAGAGUCUCCAGCUGAAGAUCUCAGAGCUGCUCGCCAUGUUGGAGCAGCGGCAGACCAUCAUCACCAGACAGGAGGAGGAGAUCAAGAGGCUGAUGCAGGAGAGGAGUGAGAACUCCCAGAACAUCACCAAAACCAUCAUCACCAAGAGGUACAGAAAUCAUUACCCUAUGCUUGGUCUGCUGAGUGACGACUACUUGGUGAACCCUCCCCCACCCUUCAAAGAAGACAAGACCAUCCUCAUUGAGAGAACUGGAGAACAGAAAACCAUUACAACUUCUUAAAGACACACCGCUUCUCUGCAACAGGAGUAACUGAACGACGAAGAGCCCCCCCCCCUUCCCCAGGUGGUGGUUGAAAGCCCUCCUAAUCUCUGGAAUAUACUGUAUAGGGUGACUGUUUUGUUUGGGUUUCUUUUUCUCUUUUUUUAUAAAAAAAAACUGGAGCAAAUAAUCCAAUAAUUCCUUUUGAGACUGUUCUUCAGCCAGGUGGUUGUGGGAUGAAUUAUCGUAGCAGUAAAAAUAAUAACAACUGGACACAGGGUGAGAUUUGUUUAACAUUAACACACAUCUCACCCUCAAAGAUAUUCUGCUAGAAUAAAUAAAUUUAAAGUGACAACAUCUCAACAAAUGUCUGAGAUCAUAAUUAACCAAGGAAAACUCUGUGAUCCAGACUAACCGUUGUCUGCAAAACUAAAUGUCAUUUGAGAAACACUAAUAUUUAAAAACUUGCAUUAAAGUCUAUGCGACUAGCAUGCUCACUCCUAUAAUAUAAAAAUAUAAUAUAUGAUGUCUCACUCAGUCUGACUAUACAGAGUCUGUCUACACACAAACACUCAAGCAUAACAUACAGUAUUUCCAUGGAGAACAUACAAUGAUUAUUUUGACCAGGUAAAUAAAGUACAUUAUUAGCACUCUGCAUUAGUGGUGGGAACUGUGACAUGUUGGUCACGAUAGAAUCACCAAACGGGUGUUAUACUGCAAGAUGAACACCUGUGAUCUAUUACAAUUUCUGUACCUGAAGACGAUUUAAUAAAAGAUAGAUAACUCCUGUA